CAAAGCUCUGGCUUCCCUGUCGGGCACUGAGUACCAAGUGGGUCCCACCUGCACCACUGUCUGCCGGGCCUGCCGGCCUUUAGGUGCUGUGCUGUCCUGAGACCUGGCCAUGCCUGUAGGGGAGGAAAACGCCUGAAGCUCACCUGGAGGAAGAAUCAUGCCAGGCUCCCCCAGAGGAGGUGCGGGCCACGGGCUGUCCCCAGUGGACAGGCGAAUGCUCCUGGUCUGCAGCUUUGUCCUAGCAGCAGCUUUGGGCCAAAUGAAUUUCACAGGAGACCAGGUUCUUCGAGUCCUGGCUAAAAAUGAAAAGGAGCUUUCACUUCUCAGGGAUCUGGAGGGCCUGAAGCCCCAGAAGGUGGACUUCUGGCGUGGCCCAGCCAGGCCCAGUCUCCCUGUAGAUAUGCGGGUUCCUUUCUCUGAAUUGAGAGACAUCAAAGCUUACCUGGAGUCUCAUGGCCUUGCUUACAGCAUCAUGAUAAAGGACAUCCAGGUGCUGCUGGAUGAGGAGAGAGAGGCCAUGGCAAAAUCCCGCCGGCUAGAGCGCAGUGCCAGUAGCUUCAGUUACUCCUCUUACCACACCUUGGAGGAGAUAUAUACCUGGAUUGACAGUUUUGUAACUGAGCAUUCAAAUAUUGUCUCAAAAAUUCAGAUUGGCCACAGCUUUGAAAAUCGGUCCAUUCUUGUUCUGAAGUUCAGCACUGGAGGUUCUCAACGCCCGGCCAUCUGGAUUGACACUGGAAUCCACUCCCGGGAAUGGAUCACUCAUGCCACUGGCAUCUGGACUGCCAGGAAGAUUGUCAAUAAAUACGGCAAAGACCGCAUCGUGACAGAUGUACUGAACGCCAUGGACAUCUUCAUGGAGAUUGUGUCCAACCCUGAUGGGUUUGCUUUUACUCAUAGCAUGAACCGCUUAUGGCGAAAGAACAAGUCCAGCAGACCUGGAAUCUUCUGCAUUGGCGUGGAUCUUAACAGGAACUGGAAUUCGGGCUUUGGAGGAAAUGGUUCUAAUGACAACCCCUGCUCAGAGACUUAUCAUGGGCCCUCCCCUCAGUCUGAGCCAGAAGUGGCUGCCGUUGUGAACUUUAUCACAUCCCACGGGAACAUCAAGGCUCUGAUCUCCAUCCACAGCUACUCUCAGAUGCUCAUGUAUCCUUAUGGCCACUCUCUGGAGCCUGUUUCAAACCAGGAGGAGUUGUACAAUCUUGCCAAGGACGCAGUGCAGGCCCUGUAUGAGGUCCAUGGGAUCAAGUACAUUUAUGGCAGCAUCAGCACCACCCUCUAUGUGGCCAGUGGGGUCACUGUCGACUGGGCUUAUGACAGCGGCAUCAAGUACUCCUUCAGCUUUGAGCUCCGUGACACCGGGCACUAUGGCUUCCUGCUGCCGGCCACACAGAUCAUCCCCACAGCCCAGGAGACAUGGAUGGCCAUUCGGACCAUCAUGGAGCACACGCUGAAUCACCCCUACUGACGACACUGCCAAGGGUAGAGCGGGAGGGUUUGUUCUCUUACCAAGGCCUGGGGCUCCUCCUGAAACCCAAAGUAUGCACCUCCCCUACCCCUGCCUAGCUCCUUAGGAAAUAAAAACAAGUUUGAACUGGC